AUGAAGGAGUUGGAGAAAGCAGAGGUGGAGGCCACGGUCGCGACCGAGGCUGCUCCGCCGCCACCAAUGGCUGAGAAGGUCACCGGAGAAGUGAAGAUUGUGAUGAAGCCACCGUCGGCGGAGACGAGCACCGCCGAUGGCACCACCAAAGCCCAUAUCGUCCACAAAUUAGAACUUGCCCGUCUGCUAAGAGAGAAGAAGACAGCUUUCAUAGAGGCAUGGGAAGACAGUCAAAAAGCCAAACUUAAAAACAAGGCUCAAAAGAAGAUGUCAUCCAUUACAACAUGGGAAAAUUCUAAGAGGGCAUCCAUUGAAGCUGAGAUUAAGAAGAUGGAGGAAGCUUAUGAGAAGAAGAAGGCACAGCGCACAGAGAAAAUGAUGAACGAAAUAGCUUCCAUUCACAAGGCAGCAGAAGAGAAGAGAGCCAUUAUUGAGGCUAAGAAAGGAGAGGGCAUACUCAAGGCAGAGGAGACUGCAGCAAGGUUCAAAACUGCUGGAAUUGUCCCAAAGAAAGUUCUCGGCUGCUUUGAAAGCUGAGUUAAUGAGAGAUUAUUUGGUGAGCAUAGCUCAAUCUGUAUUUUCAAUCUGUUUUUCGCAUUACGAGAUUGAUACAGAAUGAUAGAGAGGAGUGCAAAGCUCACCUAGUAAUCUUCCUCUCUGAGGAUUCAUUUCAUUUUAUUUGUUCUUUUCAGUUAUUUACUUGUUUUUGUUUUCAGAAACCAA